CUGACGGCAGCAGGGAGGAAUGCGUUUCCGGAGGCGCACAGGGAACAAGGCGCUGUUGGGGCCCGGUCGCCGCCACCAUACGGUGGAAAUAGCAGCCGUCGGCCAGAGGCGAGAGCGGGGGAACGGGGCUCCGCCACCCCGCCGAGGCCAAGACGGGGCUCCCCUGCGCCGUAACCGCGCCAGGGACAAGGCGCCGCUAAGAGAGCGAACCGGAGCGAGAGUGGGCUCCCGCCCCGCCAGCAACUUCUUCUCCGAGCCCCGGCCGGGGGCAUUCGCAGAGCCUCUGCCAUGGCGCAGGCAAAUUUCAAGUUUCUCCUCUGGGCUGGAUUAUUAAGCUGCCUCAUAGUAUGUGGAUUUACCCAACAAGGAGGGAACAAUUGUAUAAAAGCCAAUGCAAAAUCAUGUGCAGAUUGUAUACAAGCUGGACCAAAUUGUGGAUGGUGCACAAAUAGAACCUUCUUACAAGAAGGAGAAUCCACUGCAGCACGGUGCAAUGAUUUGGAAGUUUUAAGGACUAAAUGUCCUCUAGAUGAAAUAGAAAAUCCAAGAGGCUCCCAGGAAAUGCAAAAAAAUAAGGAAGUGACAAAUCGUGUCAAAGGGGCUGCUGAGAAUCUUAGACCUGAAGAAAUUACCCAGAUUCAACCACAACAAGUACUAUUAAAGCUGCGGAUAGGAGAACCACAGGUAUUUUCAUUAAAAUUUAAGAGAGCUGAAGAUUAUCCCAUUGACCUUUAUUACCUUAUGGAUCUCUCCUACUCCAUGAAAGAUGACUUGGAGAAUGUUAAAAGUCUUGGAACUUCUCUGAUGACUAAAAUGAAGAAUAUAACUUCAGAUUUUCGAAUAGGUUUUGGAUCUUUUGUUGAAAAAACUGUAAUGCCUUAUAUCAGUACCACCCCUGCCAAAUUAAAGAACCCCUGUACAGGUGAUGUGAACUGUACAAGUCCUUUUAGCUACAAAAAUGUUCUCAACUUUACCAGCGAUGGAAGUCUGUUCAAUAAACUUGUGGGAGAACAACAAAUUUCUGGCAAUUUGGAUUCUCCAGAAGGUGGUUUUGAUGCAAUAAUGCAGGUUGCUGUUUGUGGUUCAAAAAUUGGAUGGAGAAAUGUCACGCGUCUGUUGGUGUUUUCCACGGAUGCUGGAUUCCAUUUUGCUGGAGAUGGGAAACUUGGAGGAAUUGUGCUACCCAAUGAUGGACAAUGUCAUUUAAAUAAUAAUAUGUACACAAUGAGCCAUUAUUAUGAUUAUCCAUCCAUUGCUCACCUAGUUCAGAAGUUAAGUGACAAUAAUAUUCAGAUAAUAUUUGCUGUUACACAAGAAUUUCAGCCAGUCUACAAGGAGUUGAAGAAUUUGAUUCCAAAGUCUGCAGUGGGAACUCUCUCCUCAAACUCCAGUAAUGUGAUUCAGCUGAUUAUUGAUGCUUAUAAUUCUUUGUCUUCAGAAGUUAUUUUGGAAAACAACAAACUCCCAAAAGAAGUUUCAAUAGAAUAUAAAUCUUUCUGCAAGAAUGGAGUGAAUGGUACAGGAGAUGAAGGACGAAAGUGCUCCAAUAUUUCAAUUGGAGAUGAGGUUCGAUUUGAGAUAAAAAUAACUGCCAAUCAAUGUCCAGAGAAAGCACCAGUGGAGCCAAUUAAAAUUAAACCACUAGGUUUCACUGAAGAAGUAGAAAUUCAUCUGGAGUUUAUCUGUGAAUGUGACUGUCACAAUGAAGGAGUUCCUGACAGCCAGGAGUGCCACUUUGGAAAUGGAACAUUUGAAUGUGGUGCUUGCAGGUGUAAAACGGGACGUAUUGGAAAAUUCUGUGAAUGUAGUAUGGAUGAAGUAAACAGUGAAGACAUGUCGGGCACUUGUAGACCAGCAAACAGUUCAGAAAUAUGUAGUAACAAUGGCGAAUGUAUUUGUGGGCAAUGUGUGUGCAAGAAGAGAGAGAAUCCAAAUGAGGUCUACUCUGGGCAGUAUUGUCAGUGUGAUAACUUCAACUGUGACCGAUCUGAUGGUUUGAUUUGUGGAGGACAUGGUGAAUGUAAAUGUCGUGAGUGUGAUUGCUGGGCAAAUUAUUCAGGCUCUGCUUGUGAGUGUCCCAAGGAUACGACCCCAUGUGUAGCCUCAAACGGGCAGAUCUGCAAUGGCAGAGGAAUCUGUGAGUGUGGAGUCUGCAACUGCACAGAUUCCAAAUUUCAGGGACCAACCUGUGAGUUGUGUCAGACCUGUCUUGGUGUCUGUGCAGAGCACAAGGACUGUGUCCAGUGCAAAGCAUUUAACAAAGGAGAAAAGAAAGAGACAUGCGAAGAAGAGUGCUCACAUUUUACCUUGGUACAGGUGGAACAUAGAGAAAAGUUGCCACAACCUGGACAAUAUGAUGCUUUGACACAUUGCAAAGAGAAGGAUAUUGAUGACUGCUGGUUUUAUUUCACAUACUCUGUUGAGGCAAACAAGGCUGUUGUUCAUGUGGUUAAAACUCCAGAAUGCCCGACUGGUCCUGACAUCAUUCCCAUUGUUGCUGGUGUGGUUGCUGGAAUCGUACUUAUUGGACUUGCUUUAUUGUUGAUUUGGAAGCUACUCAUGAUCAUUCAUGACAGAAGAGAAUUUGCAAAAUUUGAAAAGGAAAAGAUGAAUGCAAAAUGGGAUGCGCAAGAAAACCCAAUAUACAAGAGUCCUAUUAAUAAUUUCAAGAAUCCAAACUAUGGACGUAAAGCUGGUCUCUAAGUUUCCGGUGAAAAUCCUAUAUACAAGAGCGCAGUGACAACUGUGGUGAAUCCUAAAUAUGAGGGGAAAUGAAAACUGCUUUGUUAAUUCACAACACUGUACGCAAUGUAGCAAUUUUGUAGUUACAGUAAUCUAGCUUUAGGGCAAUACCGCAAUGAAUUGACUAAUUCAUGACAUUACAUAUAGGUUUGUUUCCUGUGCAGGUUUUAAAAAUGUACAGUAUGCUUUUUAUUUUUGAAGAGGGUUUUUUUGUGAAUAAUCAGUGCUUGGGACUGACAGAACUUGAGACUAUAAAGCCUACACAAACUUGUUACAUAGUGCCUUUUUGACCUUUUCCCCUAAUGCAUCUGGCGUGAAAUAACUGAGGGCACAAUGCUAUGGCUUCCUGAUGUUGUCUUGGAGUGUUGGGGAGGGCGGCAGCUUAGGGAUAUUUGGAGCUCCAGCUCUGGGAUCCUUUGAUUUUUAAGCUGAUACUCCAAACACUGAGUCCACACCCUGCCACCUCUUGCAGCCAGUAGGGAAGAACUGCAUCUGUCUCUGAGGAUGUAAGUGGGGUGUGGAGAGAAGGAAAAGAGGUGUGCUGGAGGGCACAGCACGGAGGUAGCUGGAGCUGACAGCUUACACUAUUUCCUAUCAGUGCCCGAGCCUCCUUUCUUCCCCCUCACCAGCACUUCCAUCCAGAUGGCUGAAAAUGGUUGUCUAAAUGAAAUGCAUGGCAAUCGGGUGCUGCAGCAGUAAAGAUCAUUGCUGCUGCUCCUUGCUAUCUGCAUCAGAUGCAUGUAUGCCUCCAGGUUCAGAGGCUUACAUGUACCUGCAGUGGAGGGCACUGUUUUGUGCCCUAAAGCAAUCAGAAUGAGCAGCUCUGUGUAGCGAUUAAAUAUUAAUAUUAUAAUUUUUUUGCUUUAAAGGCGUAUCAGGGCCUGGUUUGCACUUAAAAAGCAAGCCAAACAUUGUGUGUAAACUACACUCUAGCUUGUAAAAAAUGGAAUGUUUGCAAGCGUGAGCCUUAUUGAAUGCAGUAAGUUCAAUAAGAUGGGAACCAUUUGUUUAAGACAAUUUAAUAUGUGUAUAUGCAUUUUAAACUGCCAAAUGUUACAUAUAAGAAAAGAAAUAGGAUCCCAAACAGUAGCUCCAAUAUUGUGCCGUUUUUUCAUAAUGUUGCUGCACAGUAAUUUAAGAAAUCUCCUUUUGAAAUUCAGGGCCCAGGUUAUUUCUGAAAAGUUGUAAGCUAGGUCCAUCUUUUAAAUAUUUUAGAGACCUUUUACUUAAUAGUUUUUUUCCCAAUGUGUUUGCUUGGGUUAAAGCCUGGUGCUUUGUCACAUUUGUCUUUAAUGUAUAUGAUUUCAUUUUAUGUAAGGUUAUUGUUGUCAAAACAACUUGACUUUCUUUCACAGCCUUGGCUGUAAAUUUGCCUUUACCCUGUAGCUUAAGACUGCAUAUUUAUCAGGUAACAUGACUGUCAGUCAAGAGAUAUCAUUGUGCCAUGUAUAUUUGCCUCAGACUGUUCUAUCAUCUGUUCAGUACUAGCCAUGUUAUUGUUUUAAGUGCCUUUCAUUUUAACUAAUGUUCACUUUUCACAGUGCUAUCAUGGAAGUUAUUUAUUAAAUAAAAAAAUCUUUAAAAUGUU